AAAAUUAAAAUCGUCAUUGUUGAGCUUGAGUUUGACACUAAUAAUUCAUGGAAAUACUAAGUUAAAAAUUUGUGUCGGUUUAGCAUUGUUAUUAAAUAUUCGAGACUAAUUACUUAGAGUACGUAUAGAACUCAAAUAUAAAGUCAAACUAUUAUCUACAGUAGAACGGGUGCCAGUGAACCAUGGAUCGUCUUUUGCGUCUCGGAGGAGGUAUGGCCGGGCUCUCCCAGGCGCCCCCGCCGACCGAUGCGCCCGUAGUGGACACAGCAGAGCAAGUUUACAUUUCAUCGUUAGCUCUCUUGAAAAUGCUGAAGCACGGUCGAGCCGGUGUUCCAAUGGAGGUUAUGGGUCUUAUGUUAGGUGAGUUUGUUGACGAUUACACAGUUCGGGUGAUUGAUGUGUUUGCCAUGCCUCAGACUGGAACCGGCGUGUCUGUAGAGGCUGUGGAUCCUGUCUUCCAAGCUAAAAUGUUGGAUAUGUUGAAACAAACUGGAAGACCUGAGAUGGUAGUGGGAUGGUACCACUCGCAUCCUGGUUUUGGUUGCUGGUUAUCAGGAGUUGAUAUAAACACGCAGCAAUCCUUUGAGGCCUUAUCUGAAAGAGCUGUGGCAGUGGUGGUUGAUCCCAUCCAGUCGGUGAAGGGGAAAGUUGUUAUAGACGCAUUCCGCCUCAUUAACCCCAACAUGAUGGUUCUUGGCCAAGAACCGAGACAAACAACAUCCAACUUGGGCCACUUACAAAAGCCUUCAGUGCAAGCUCUCAUUCAUGGCUUAAACCGUCAUUACUACUCCAUCAGUAUAAACUACAGGAAGAAUGAGCUGGAACAGAAGAUGUUGUUAAACUUGCACAAGAAAUCGUGGAUGGAUGGACUUACUCUAGCAGAUUACAAGGAGCAUUGUGCUAUAAAUGAAACAACUGUCACCGACAUGUUGGAUUUGGCCAAGAACUACAACAAAGCUCUCGAAGACGAAGAGAAGAUGACGCCUGAGCAGUUAGCCAUUAAGAAUGUUGGCAAACAGGACCCCAAGAGGCAUUUAGAAGAGAAAGUAGACAUCUUGAUGGCAAAUAACAUUGUACAGUCCCUCGGAGCAAUGCUCGACACCAUGGUGUUUAAAUGAUUGUACCAGACACAUUUAAGUAUUAAGGUCAAAUAAAAAUGUGCAUAUAUUGAGUUGAUCCUCACUUUCUGGUUAAUGCCUAGUGGAAUAUUGUUCUACAAUAUACUUUCUAUUAAUAAUUAUAUUUAAUAGGAAUUAAUGGUAAUAAUAAACACAUCCCUUUUUA